GCCUUGGGUUUUCUUAGCUUUUUCUUUUCUUCAAAGUCCUAACUUUCCUUCCCUCUCUCUCUCCCCCCUCCCUCCAUCCCUCCGUCCUACUACCAUGCACCCCCUCUGAGCUCUCACCCGCGGUCACAACCGUCGCCAUGGAUAUCGGAGGCUUGACGACCGUGGUCGCCAACUCGGCCUACAUCAACGCCCGCGGCAGCUUCGACGGCUCCAGUGCGGCGUCGGCGCGCGACAAGAAGUUCCACAGCCGCCUCAAGCUGCCCCACAUCACGGUGUGCGAGGGCCUGGCGGACACUACGGACCUCAGCUUCACCUCCGUCUGCGUGGAGCAGCCCAUCGGCAAGCGCCUCUUCCGCGAGUUCCUCGAGGCCGCCCCGGACUACAAGGCUCCCUGCAGCCUGUGGAGAGACAUCGAGGAGUACGACCUCGCCGAGGACUCGGACCGCGUCCGCAAGGCCUCCAAGAUCGUCCAGCGUUACCUGGAGCCCAACGCCAAGUCCUUCUGCCCCUUCCUGACCCCGGAGGUCAUCGCCCAGGCUAAGGAGGGCCAGGAGGCGGCCGGGGAUGGGCUCUUUGCCCCCGUGCUGACCUCUGUCCUGGGCUACCUCCAGGAGGUGCCCUAUGUGUUCUUCCUGGAGGGCAUGUUCUUCAAGAGGUUCCUGCAGUGGAAGUGGCUGGAGAUGCAGCCCAUGGAUGCCGAAUGGUUCCUGGAUUUCCGCGUGCUGGGGAAAGGCGGCUUCGGGGAGGUGUCGGCCUGUCAGAUGAAGGCCACGGGGAAACUGUACGCCUGCAAGAAGCUCAACAAGAAGAGGCUGAAGAAGAGGAAAGGCUUUGAGGGGGCGAUGGUGGAGAAGAGGAUCCUGGCCAGGGUUCACAGUCGCUUCAUUGUGACGCUGGCCUACGCCUUUCAGACCAAAGACGAACUCUGCCUGGUCAUGACCAUCAUGAACGGAGGAGACCUGAAGUACCACGUUUACCUGGUGGAUGAGGACAACCCAGGGUUCGACGAGGCCCGAGCCUGCUUCUACACCGCCCAGAUCAUCCAGGGUAUGGAGCACCUGCACCAGAAGAGGAUCAUCUACAGAGACCUCAAGCCUGAGAACGUACUGCUGGACAAUGAAGGGAACGUGCGUAUAUCUGACCUGGGUCUGGCUGUGGAGCUGAAGGAGGGCCAGGAGAAGAUCAAAGGCUACGCUGGCACGCCAGGGUACAUGUCUCCGGAGAUGCUGAAAGGAGAAAAGUAUGACACGUCAGUAGACUACUUCACCCUGGGGGUCACUCUCUACGAGUUCAUGGCUGCCAGGAACCCCUUCAGAAACAGAGGAGAGAAGGUGGAACGUGACGAGCUGAAGGACCGCAUCCUGAACGGCACGGUGGUCUACCCAGAAUCCUUCAGUGAGAACUCCCGCUCCCUGUGUGACGCCCUGAUGGCUAAGGAAGUGGACAAGAGGAUGGGCUUCAGGAACAACAGCUGUGAUGAGAUCAGAACUCACCCCUUCUUCGCCAGCAUCAACUGGAGGAAACUGGACGCCGGCAUUCUGCCCCCACCCUUCGUCCCUGACUCCAAGGUGGUGUAUGCCAAGGACCUGGAUGACGUGGGGGCCUUCUCCACCAUCAAGGGCGUGGGCCUGGACGACCCAGACCGGGUGUUCUUUGACGAGUUCUCCUCGGGCAACAUCCCCAUCCCCUGGCAGGAGGAGAUGAUUGAGACGGGGAUCUACGGAGAGCUCAACGUGUGGGGCCCGGCCGGCUCCGUACCCAACGACCUCCGCAGGGAGUCCAUCCUGGAGCAGCCCAAAUCCUCCACCUGCUGCCUGUCCUAGACGAGCGAGGCCGCCCUCCAAUCCGCCCG